AUGGCUCCACCUACUGUUCUUGCACCACUGCUCACUCUCCCACUUUCGGGUACAUUUUCUGCCCGUACACCCCAACAAGUUACUGUUGACUCCGAAGCUGCAAAUGGCGAUGUGAAGUUUGCCGACUGGGACAAAUUCCACUUUGCCCCCAUUCGUGAAUCGGCGGUUUCCAGGGCCAUGACAAAAAGAUAUUUCGCUGAUCUUGAUAAGUAUGCGGAAUCAGACGUUGUGAUUGUUGGAGCAGGAUCGGCUGGUCUCUCGGCUGCUUAUGUGUUAGCCAAGAACAGACCAGAGCUCAAGAUUGCCAUCAUUGAAGCCAGUGUGAGUCCCGGAGGAGGAUGCUGGCUUGGAGGACAAUUGUUCUCUGCGAUGGUUUUGAGAAAACCUGCCCAUCUUUUCUUGGACGAACUUAACAUUGCCUACGAAGAUGAAGGCAAUUAUGUCGUGGUCAAACACGCAGCUUUGUUCAUGUCGACGUUGAUGUCUAAAGUUCUUGAAUUCCCCAACGUGAAACUUUUCAAUGCUACUGCAGUGGAAGAUCUUAUCACUCGCCGUGAUGAAACCACAGGUGAACUUAGGGUGUCAGGAGUUGUCACCAACUGGACUUUAGUUGCUCUUAACCACGACACCCAGCUGUGUAUGGAUCCCAACACCAUCAACGCUAGUGUGUUGUUGAGUACUACUGGCCAUGAUGGUCCCUUUGGUGCAUUUUGUGCCAAGAGAUUGGAAAGCUUAUCAGGAGACAAACAUAAGCUUGGAGGCAUGCGUGGUCUUGACAUGAAUCUGGCCGAAGAUGCCAUUGUCAAGGGCACCCGAGAGGUUGCUCCUGGUUUGGUUAUUGCUGGUAUGGAGCUCGCCGAAGUGGAUGGAUCCAACCGGAUGGGUCCAACAUUCGGAGCCAUGGCACUCUCUGGAGUCAAGGCUGCUGAGGCCGUUUUGAACGUUUUUGACGAACGCAAGAAGCAGAACGACGACGACGCAAAGAAACACGGAUACUAG